AUGAACUAUUUACCACUUUCUUCGCCUGAUUCAAAAAGAAUCCUUUUCACAUUAGAUAGAAAAGGAUCAAUUGACCAACUAUUAUCAUCUAAUCCCACUUUGAAAUUGCAAUAUGAAGAUUAUGCAAGCAAAUUAUCUCAGUCUAUCAAAAUUAUGGAACAAGAUGGUGUAGCACCUAUAUUACCUGACGGUAAAACAGGUGGUAACGCUUGUUGUAUCUUAGAACUUCCAUUUUCAAACAAUAAGUCUCUAUUAGUUUCAAAAUCUGGAAAAUUUUCGAAUUUUCCACUUCUUACAACUGAUGUUUGUUUUAUUCAUUCUUUCGAUUUACAAAAUUGGUCCUGUGAAUUUUCUUCAAGUUUUGAAGACAUUAAACCAUCUUUUGCGAUGCAUGGUCAUGCUUCGGCUAAUGAUCGGGAUUGUGUGAAAUGGAAUAUACCAGUUAGUGAUAAAGAAACAAGAUUUUCUACGAGAGAGGAUGUUCAAGAGAUGCUAAAUUUAUUAGAAAAAUGGCCAUAUCCUGAAUAUAAAGUUUUUCUUAGAAAAAAACAUGGUUUUUUUAUACUCGGCCAAAAUGCGCAAGAGGUUUUUGAAAUUUAUGAGAACCAAGUAAAGACAAAAUUUACAGAAAUCAUUAAUUCUGAG